CAAGGGACUUAACCCUCUGAGCAUGUUUUAUAUAAAUAGUUCAAGAUUGAUUUUCAAAUCAACAGUUUCUGAAGUAGUCUUGAGGUGCCAACAGUUGAGUGUACUUCUUAAAUUCUGAUCAGUCAUUCAAUAUGCAGUCGACAAUCAUAAUUAUUGGGCUUGCGUUACUGGCGUGUGCGUACGCGCAGGUCUAUCAGCCGCUCUACUACGAAGAGACAUAUCCUAAUAAUAAUCAGUUCGUGAAGCAAGCUCGUCAUCCCCGUGACGUCACGUGGGAUAAGCAAGUUGGAAAUGGCAAGGUCUUUGGUACUCUUGGCGAUAAAGAAGAUGGCAGUCUCUACGGUAAAGCCGGUUACAAGCAAGAUAUUUUCAAUGACGAAAGGGGGAAACUGAUUGGAGAAGCAUACGGUUCCCGAGUGCUUGGUCCCAACGGUGGAAACAGUUUCUUGGAGGGUAAACUCAACUGGAACAAUGCUGCGAAAGACACUGAAGCUAACCUGGCACUGUCAAGACAGAUUCACGGAAUGACUAGUGCUCAAGCAGACCUCUCCAAAGUCUGGAAUCUGGAUAAGAACACGCGUAUAUCCGCCGGUGGUGCCAUCUCGCAAGCUGAUCUAGGACAUGGAAAACCUGACUACAGUAUUGGUGCUAAAUUUGAACACUUCUUUGGUGGUCAUUAAUAUUGUAAUUUUACUCAUAACUAACGUAAAAAAUUGAUUUAAGUACGUAAAGUCAAAGCCGACAUUUUUAUACAAUCUGGAUUGAACAAUUUCAAAUACGUUUUAAGGCCGAUUUAUUCAAUAAAUGUUGAAAGAAAUAUGAUAA